GCGGUUCAAGCCCUGGGCACAGCCAUCUUCGAGGCCCUGGAUUACGGCAUCGAGGCCAGCGAGGAGCGACAGCUGAGCUCCGGCCUGGAGUCUCUCAUCGCCACCAUGACCAACGCAGACUGCUCCCUGGACUACGACCCCGAGGCCGGCACCGCGGACGACGAGGGCAUCGAAAAGGACGCGGACCUGGAGCCCCGCUGCACCGUCAUAGACGUCAUCAAAGUGGAUGACCGUAAACUGAAGCCCAAACCACCUUCCCCUCCAGACCCCCAUGAGUUGCUGUUGACGGACAUCCGGGCACGGCCCAAGCUCCGACCUGUGAGGGACGGGAAACUUGUCGUGAGAUCUCAGAAGUCCACCAGCAGCGUCAGCAGCUGUGACAGUGAGGAUGACCCUGUGGAGAAGCCUGUGAAGCGAGUCAUCAAACCAGACUUCAACCUGUUGCUGAACAACAGCUUUGAGGAGUCAUCUGAGGAGGAGGAGCACAGCGACCUCUCCUGCCAAGGAUCUCCUUUGUCUCAUUCCUCCCCUGUACACAGUGGCAUGGCUGCUACCACCGCCAGCUCAUGGCAAAGAGCAGUGACGAGAGAGAACCUCAUGAACGACUCUGGCCGACCGUCGCGGCUCCAGCGACGACACACCAUCAUGAUCUGCGAAUCACCACUGGAGGGAAAGGUAGCACACCAAGAGUUGCCUCCCCUAGAGGAGGAGGAGGACGAGCCGUCCCCCGUGAGGGAGAGCCACUGUCUUGUCGCUCCCCACGCAUCUCAGAAACACGCAAUCCUGGCCAGGACGGCCUCUGAUAAUGACCUCCUGGCCCAGGUGACCUUGAGGCACCCUCAAAGUCACGGAGGCCGAAGGUUGUCUCUGGAUCAUCGUAGGUCCCUGACCUCGCUGACCACUGGCCUCUGUGCAAUACCAGAGCUGGAGGAUAGUCCCGGGGCAUCCGACUCGCCCCCUCCGGCCAGACCUAACUCUGCACACAUCUUGAGGUCGUGGAGCCACGAACAGGCCCCGCCUCCAAAUCCAUCCCCACCCUGCAAGGGGCGGGCUCGAGCAGCGCUUGGCAUGGGCAUGACAGGCAUGAAACCUGUGGGUGGUCCCUUCCAGCCUCUGUCUCAGCGUCAGUCUCAGCUGAAGUCAGGCUUUGUCCCCUCCAAACUGGCCAGCAUGUCCUCUGGCUCUGCUCUCACAUCAUCAGUAGCCAGCGGUGCUGUUCCUUCCACUUCCUCUUCUUUUUUGUCUUCUCAGAAAAUUGCUAUACAAUCCCAGUCCCAGCAUGCUUCAUUGCUUCCAGUCUCAUCAUCAACAUCUGCAUCUUCCACUUCUUCAUCCUCAUCCUCAUCCAUAACCUUGUGUCCAACAAAGCAUGCAAACCUAGACUUGAGUGUUUCGUCCCAGUCUCCCGUUUUCUUCAAGAAGACGCGUGCCCUGCACAGCCAAAGUGCAGAGAACAAAUCCCCAUCCCCUCCCGGCUCUGUGGAGCAGGAUCGUCAUGUUGCUCGCUGGAGACUUCCAAAAGCCCGGGAGGAAAGACUUAGCAAGCAGAGACAGUCUCGGGAACUGUCGCACAGACCAAUUGCAGAAGGAGAAGAGUCUUUUGACAACGCCCUCCCUCUGGAGCCUGAAGAUACUUUUGUGUCUGAGGAAGAAAUGCGUUCAAGACGUCUGUCGCUGGACAGUGGGGUCCCAAUGUAUUCUGGGACAAACAGCAGAGUGUCAGUGCCUGUGGGCGGUGAGGAUACACGCAAGGUCACACGAAGACUGUCUUUAGGUAUGAGAGGGAGGGAGCUCAGCGGCCCUUUGAGGCAGAGAACACCAGAGGAGGAGGAGAGAGUGAGUAGAUGGAGAAGUCUUCAGGAAGACGACUUGGCUUCCAGGACAGCUCCACGGGGUAGCAGUGUGUACCUGCGUUCUGUGGAGCCCAGUCAUCAAGACGACCCUCCUAGUCUAGAGGGUGCAAGCGCUGAACCAACCGAACAACGCAAGAAACUGGAGCCUCAGCCACGAAGGCUCAUUAAAGGGAUGACUCUUCCUAGUGAAGGGACUGAUGUCCUUCAACAAAAGAUGGCCAACGAGGAGGCCCGCUUCACUCGAUGGCGGCGUCUGGAGGAGUCUGGUGGUAUUGAUGAGUGUGACAACUCAGCAAGUGCCGUGGGUAGCGAUGCGGAAUACGUAAGUGCUGCGCUUUCCUCUCGAGUGCAGUCUGCAGCCUCCUCUAACCCCGCUAGUUCUGGCACCAGUCUUAACUCCAGUCAACCCUCGGUAGAGGGUGUGGCUACAGGCAUGUUGCCUUUAUCGAAACGCUGGCAGAACCCUGUGGAGUGCCUGAGCUUAACACUAGAGGAGGUCACUCACAUCCGCUCGGUACUGACCAAAGCUGAACUUGAGUCCCUGUUGUCACACCCGGAUCUCUACCAGCAAGUGUCCAAAAACAAGUUGUGUUUCACGUGUAAGACAACUCGCUUUUCACUGUUUGGUGAGUGGGGAACCAAGUGCAAGUUCUGCAAGCGGACUGUGUGCUCAAAAUGUCUUCGAAAAAUGAACGUGCCAACCGAUCACUUCCGCAACAUCCCCGUGUACACCCUUAGCCCUGCUCCACUCACACCUCAGAUGCAGGAGUUUAUACAGAACUUCAUCAAAACUGCUCCCCCCUGCUCAGUUCCCCCGACCCGUGAUGUCAGCCCGUCAAGGGACUCGGUGUUGUCGAGGCUCUCCGCAGAAGCACAACAGUCUCAAGAUUCCUCUGGUGGAGAAGCAUCGUCAGAGCCCUCGUCUGCCUCCCGGGACGUCCUGGGCAGGACCAAAACUCUCCAAAGAUCUCAGUCAGCCCUCGUACCUGGCCAGAAGUCCCUGGGCAGCCUGUCGGCCCGGGCGUCCAUCAAAGGUCCCGUUAUGGCCAUCUGCUGCGACUGUAAGGGCAUGGUGAUGGAGAUCAUCCGCGCAUCACGGGCCUCGCUAGCCAUGCUCUCUGCCGCGGGGUCCUCAGCAAACUCGUCUCUCUCCACCCCUGCCACCUCAUCUCUGUCCUCUACUACCCAGUCCUGGUUUUAAGACAACACCUGAUUUACAUCCUACACAUAUACUCAUCGGCAGGCAUGCACACACACGCACACACACACACACAUACUCACAGUAACAUACAAACACAUGCUCAAACAAACAUGAACAUAGGUGGUCCUUCCCCCCCCCCCCCCACCCCAAACCUGCUCCACAUGGUGUGGUCUCUCAUCAGGCCCACUUCUGCCCAGUAUCUUUGGUGUACUAUUUGUUUACGCCUUGCAUUGCAUCGUUUAUAGUGCAUAGUCAUGCUGUAUUGAUACUGAUUUGUUUCUAUUCUCUUGUCAACACACUGAAUGAAAAAAAAA